AUGAAGCGCAGUAAGCACCGCGGACACAAGGAGGACAAAAAUGGAGAUGAGCCAGCGAUUCUGGAGACGGAAAACCUGGACCGUCAGGGCAUGUUCAUGGGAGGAGGCCCCGACCCGGACACCAUUUCUCUGGCCUCAGUCACAGCCGUCACCACCAACGUCUCCAAUAAGAGGUCAAAGCCAGAUAUCAAGAUGGAGCCGAGUUCAGGAAGGCCGGUUGAUUACCAAGUCAGUGUGACGGUGAUUGAAGCCAGACAGCUGGUGGGAUUGAACAUGGAUCCCAUGGUCUGUGUGGAGAUCGGCGAAGAUAAGAAGUACACUUCAAUGAAGGAAUCCACCAACUGCCCAUAUUACAACGAGUAUUUUGUGUUUGACUUCCACGUCCCUCCAGACGUUAUGUUUGACAAAAUCCUGAAGCUGUCUGUGAUUCACUCCAAAAAUCUUCUGCGAAGUGGAACCCUGGUCGGCACUUUUAAGCUGGAUGUUGGGACCAUCUACUCUCAGCCGGAGCAUCAGUUUUAUCACAAAUGGGCUCUGCUGUCCGACCCCGACGACAUCACAGCCGGGUGUAAAGGCUACAUCAAAUGUGACGUCGCUGUGGUGGCGAAAGGAGACACUAUAAAAACUCCACACAAAGCAAACGAAUCUGACGAAGACGACAUAGAGGGGAAUCUCCUGAUCCCAGAGGGAGUGCCUGCAGAGCGACAGUGGGCUCGUUACUACCUGAAGAUCUACAGAGCUGAAGGACUCCCCAGAAUGAACACCAGCAUUAUGGCCAACGUGAAAAAGGCCUUCAUAGGAGAAAAUAAAGACCUGAUCGAUCCUUAUGUCCAAGUUCAGUUUGCAGGACAGAAGGGGAAGACAUCAGUUCAGAAGAGCUGCUAUGAGCCCAUCUGGAAUGAGCAAAUUGUGUUCACCGAGAUGUUCCCGCCGCUGUGCAAACGCAUGAAGCUCCAGAUCCGCGACUCAGACAAAGUGAACGAUGUUGCUUUGGGAACGCACUUCCUGGACCUGCGCAAGAUUUCCAAUGAUGGGGACAAAGGUUUCCUUCCCACUCUUGGACCCGCCUGGGUCAACAUGUACGGCUCCACUCGCACCUACACGCUGAUGGACGAGUACCAGGAGCUAAACGAAGGGCUGGGGGAGGGCGUGUCCUUCAGGGCCCGUUUACUCAUCAGCCUGGGCGUGGAGAUCCUGGACACCUCCUCACCGGACAUUUCCUGCUCCACAGAGGUGCAGGUGGAGGGGGUACCCAAUAUCUCAGAGGCUGCUACUGGGAAGGUUGAGGAGUUUUUCCUCUUUGGAGCUUUUCUGGAGGCAACAAUGAUUGACAGAAAGAUUGGCGAUAAGCCCAUCAACUUUGAAGUCACCAUAGGUUACUACGGGAAUGAGAUUGACGGGGUUGCCAAACCAAAGACAAAGGGGAAGAAAGGCGACGGCGACGAGGAGGAAACUGAACUGAUCCACAACUCCAGUGAGGAGGAGGCCGACGACGACGGAGACCUGACCUCGGUGGCGACUACUCCACCGAUGAAACCCGUCAUCACUGACCGUAAUUACUUCCACCUGCCGUACUUUGAGAGGAAGCCGUGUAUUUAUAUCAAGAGCUGGUGGCAGGAUCAGAGGAGGAGGCUGUACAACGCCAACAUCAUCGACAAUAUUGCUGACAAACUGGAAGACGGAUUGAACGACGUGCAGGAAAUCAUCAAAACAGAGAAGGCUUAUCCCGAGCGCAGGCUCAGAGGGGUCCUGGAAGAGCUCAGCCAGGGAUGCAGUCAGUUUCUGUCACUGGCGAACAAGGACCAGAAUCAGUCGGGCAGGACCAAACUCGACAGGGAGAGACUGAAGCUGUGCUUGUCAGAAGUGGAGACCAUAGGUCAGCAAGCGAAGGCCAUGAGAUCACAGGUGAAGAAAAGCACCGUGAGAGAUAAGCUCAAGCUGGCUCAGAACUUCCUCUCAAAGAUGCGCUUCCUGGCUGACGAACCUCAGCACAGUGUUCCCGAUGUGUUCAUAUGGAUGAUAAGCAAUGGGAAGCGUAUUGCUUAUGCGCGCGUUCCCUCCAAAGACAUCCUGUUCUCCGGGACCGACGAGGAGAGGGGAAAGGACUGCGGCAAAGUCAAAACAAUCUUUCUCAGGAUCCCUGGUAAGAAAGGUUUCGGGCCUGCUGGUUGGACAGUGCAGUCCAAGAUCGAGAUUUAUCUGUGGCUGGGUCUGAAUAAGCAACGAAAAGACUACUUGAACGGCCUGCCCAAUGGAUUCGAAGAGAAUAGGCUCUCGAAAGGACCUGGGCUCCCGACUACUCCUCCCAUCAGCCUCACCUACAUGAUGAAGCAGAUCUUCCAGCUGAGGGUCCACAUGUACCAGGCCCGUAGCCUGUUUGCAGCUGACAGCACAGGCCUCUCGGAUCCCUUUGCAAGAGUGUUCUUCUCCACACAGAGCCAAGUCACUGAGGUGCUGGCUGAGACUCUCUGCCCCACCUGGGACCAGCUGCUGGUUUUUGAGAACGUGGAGCUGUUUGGAGAGGCCAGUGAACUGAGAGACGACCCUCCGAUCAUCGUCAUCGAAAUCUAUGAUCAAGACACUGUGGGUAAAGCUGACUUUAUGGGCAGAACUUUUGCUAAGCCCGUGGUCAAGAUGGCGGACGAGCACUACGGCCCCCCGCGCUUCCCUCCUCAGCUGGAGUACUACCAGAUCUACCGUGGGAACUGCACCGCCGGGGAAAUGCUGGCAGCCUUUGAACUGCUGCAGAUCGGUCCCAAUGGAAAAGCCGACCUUCCUCCAAUAGACGGUCCAACAGAUAUGGACCGUGGCCCCAUCCUGCCUGUACCACUCGGCAUCAGACCAGUGCUCAGCAAGUACAGGAUUGAGGUUUUGUUCUGGGGCUUGAGGGACCUGAAGAGGGUGAAUCUUGCCCAGGUGGAUCGCCCUCGUGUGGACAUCGAAUGUGCCGGAAAGGGAGUCCAGUCUGCUCUCAUCCCCAACUACAAGAAAAACCCCAACUUCAGCACUCUCGUCAAGUGGUUUGAAGUGGACUUGCCUGAAAAUGAGCUGCUCCACCCUCCACUGAACAUCCGUGUGGUGGACUGCAGAGCUUUUGGCCGCUACACUUUGGUCGGCUCAAUCGCCGUGACCAGCCUGCGCAAGUUCAUCUACAGAGGAGCAGACAAGCAGGCCAACAACUUCUCCAGUACCGAGGAAAUUAUUGUGGUCAGCUUGGAUUCUGAGCCUGCUUACAAGAAGAUGGAAACUGUGGUCAAACUAGACUCUUGCUCCGACGCUGUGGUCAAAGUUGAGGAUGAUGAUAAGGAUGGAAAAGGGAAAAAGAAGAAGAGGAAGAAGGGGGACGAGCCUGAAGAGGAAGAACUCGAUGAAAGCAUGCUGGACUGGUGGUCCAAAUAUUUCGCCUCCAUUGAAACUCUGACAGAAGCUCUCAAGGCUCAAGAGGCCGCUCUCUCUGACUCAGAGGACAAAGAUGACAUGGACAUCGCAGACGGCACCAAGAGAGGGAAGGGAAAGAAGGAAAAGAAGAAGCUGGCAGCUGAUCCAUUUGAAAAGAAAAAGCCAAAACUGGAUGAGCUGAAGGUGUAUGCCAAGGAGCUGGAGAACGAAUUUGAUAACUUUGAGGACUGGCUGCACAGCUUUAACCUGUUCAGGGGGAAAGGCGGUGAUGAUGAUGACCAGAAUGUGUUGGAUGAGGACAGGAUUGUUGGAAAAUUCAAAGGUUCGUUGUGUAUGUACAAAGUGUCCGACGACAUGGCCAGAGACACGAGCUUCGACUCCAACAUGGGAAUGUUUCAGAACAUUCCUCACAACGAUCCCAUCAACGUCCUCGUCCGCAUCUACGUCAUUAGGGCGACCGAUCUGCAUCCAGCAGACAUCAAUGGGAAAGCCGACCCCUACAUUGCAAUCAAACUGGGAAAAACGGAGAUCAAGGACAAAGAGAACUACAUCUCAAAGCAGCUGAAUCCCCUGUUUGGCAAAUCUUUCGACGUGGAGGCCACAUUCCCAAUGGAUUCAACACUAACCGUGUCAAUUUAUGACUGGGAUUUGGUGGGGACUGAUGAUCUGAUUGGAGAAACCAAACUUGAUCUGGAGAAUCGCUUCUACAGCAAACACAGGGCCACAUGUGGAAUCACGCGUGCCUAUGCCAUUCAUGGUUACAACGUAUGGCGAGACCCGAUGAAACCCACGCAGAUCCUGGCUAAGCUGUGUAAGGAUGGCAAACUCGACGGACCCCACUAUGGCCCCGGAGGAAGAGUGAAGGUGGAGAACCGUGUCUUCAUGGCACCAACAGAGAUAGAAGAUGAAAAUGGUUUGAAGAAGCAGACAGAUGAACACCUCGCGCUGACUGUGCUCAAUCACUGGGAGGAAAUCCCACGUGUCGGCUGCAAGCUCGUUCCCGAGCAUGUGGAGACCCGGCCGCUGCUGCACCCCGAUAAACCAGGAAUAGAACAAGGAAGAAUUGAGCUGUGGGUGGAUAUGUUCCCCAAAGACAUGACCGCACCUGGUCCUGCACUUGACAUUUCACCAAGGAAACCGAAGAAGUUUGAACUGAGAGUGAUCAUCUGGAACACAGAUGAGGUCGUUUUAGAGGAUGACGACAUUUUUACUGGUGAAAAAUCCAGUGACAUAUUUGUGCGAGGAUGGCUAAAAGGACAACAGGAGGACAAACAGGACACCGACGUCCAUUACCACUCCAUCACUGGAGAGGGCAACUUCAACUGGCGCUUCGUCUACCCCUUCGAUUAUCUCAUGGCGGAGGAAAAGAUUGUCAUCUCAAAGAAAGAGUCCAUGUUUGCCUGGGAUGAGACUGAGUACAAGAUCCCUGCUCGACUUAACCUCCAAGUUUGGGACGCUGAUCAUUUCUCUGCAGAUGAUUUCCUCGGCGCAAUCGAGCUCGAUCUGAACCGCUUCCCUCGCGGUGCAAAGACUUCCAAGCAGUGCACCAUUGAGAUGGUGACAAACGAAGCAGAGAUGCCCACGGUCUCCAUCUUCAAACAGAAGAGGAUCAAAGGAUGGUGGCCGUUUGUGGCCAGAAAUGAAGAAGAUGAGUUUGAGCUCACGGGAAAAGUUGAAGCGGAGCUGCACCUCCUGACAGGGGAGGAGGCAGAGAAAAACCCAGUUGGUGAAGGACGAAACGAACCAGAACCUCUGGAGAAACCCAACCGUCCAGACACCAGCCUUCUGUGGUUCCUCACUCCCUUCAAAGCCAUAAAACACUUGGUCUGCACCCAGUACAAGUGGCUGGCCAUCAAGAUUGUCACUGCACUCCUGGUGCUGGCUAUGCUGGCUCUUUUCCUCUACAGCAUGCCUGGUUACAUGGUCAAGAAAAUGCUGGGAGCUUGAGAUGUUGCUCA